AGCCUUUAGAGCUAAUUAGCUCAGCACACAACAAAGAUAAGUGAGCCUGGGAGGAGGGCCCCCUGAGGGGUCUUUAGAUUCUGGGAAAUGUCUGAUUGGCAGAUGUUAAAAGGGAUUCUUUGGUAAUCCUGUGCAUCAAUGAGCUGCACAAAUUCGGUCCAGGACUGCAAGAAUUCAGGCAUGAGGACCCUGAGCAGCAGGCUUACACAGGCAGACCCGAGAUGGACAGAACCUUGGAAUCCCUGAGACACAUCAUUGCCCAAGUCUUGCCUCACAGAGACCCGGCUCUAGUCUUCAAAGAUUUGAAUGUUGUGUCAAUGUUACAGGAAUUUUGGGAAAGCAAGCAGCAACAGAGGGCUGCGUUCCCAAGUGAAGGUGUAGUGAUCUAUGAGUCGCUGCCAUCUCCCGGACCGCCCUUUGUGAGUUAUGUGACCCUCCCUGGAGGAAGCUGUUUUGGCAACUUUCAGUGCUGCUUAAGCAGAGCAGAGGCCAGACGGGAUGCCGCCAAAGUGGCCCUGAUCAACUCCCUCUUCAACGAGCUGCCCUCUCGCAGGAUCACCAAGGAAUUCAUCAUGGAGAGUGUGCAGGAAGCAGUGGCCUCCACCAGCGGCACUUUGGAUGACGCGGACGACCCCGGCACCAGCAUAGGAGCCUAUCACUACAUGUUGGAGUCAAACAUGGGGAAGACCAUGCUGGAAUUUCAGGAGCUAAUGACCAUUUUCCAACUCUUACACUGGAACGGAAGCCUAAAAGCUCUUCGUGAAACCAAGUGUUCCCGACAGGAAGUCAUCUCCUACUAUUCCCAGUAUUCCCUGGAUGAAAAGAUGCGCAGCCACAUGGCUCUGGAUUGGAUCAUGAAGGAGCGGGACUCACCGGGAAUCCUCUCUCAAGAGCUGCGAAUGGCCCUGAGGGAGUUGGAGGAAGCCAGGAAAGCAGGACAAGAGCUACGGUUUUACAAAGAAAAGAAAGAAAUUCUGAGUUUAGCCCUGACUCAGAUCUACAGCGAUCCUGACACUUCCUCGCCCAGUGAUGAUCAGCUGAGCCUCACGGCCCUUUGUGGUUAUCACUAGGAAGGCCACGUUCCUAGACGCCCAAGGACGGCGGAGGUCAGGCGGCAGGGUUAGGAAGCUCAUUGAGGAGAUCAUUGGAGGCUCUAGCACCGAGAUGGCUAAUACCUAAAGGCUACCUAAUUCUCCCCACCCGUUCCAUUCACACAUCUGAGAGUAGUCCACAGGACCCUUACAGGAUCCAACCACCCAUCCAUGCAGUUUUCCCAUCAUGCUCUCUAUAGUUCCACCUCAGAAUGAUAGGAUGGAGACAGGAUUGUUGGAAAAAUAUUUUCCAAUCCUGGCUCCAACUGAAAACCCGGUUGACAUGUGCCUUGCUAGAUUAUAUACGUUGUUUCAAAGAAUGGGUCAUUGUAGCAUCCCCCAAGAGAACAUCAGGCAGGACUGGGGAAAGUAGCAUAGUAGCAAUUUUUAAGACUACUUGGGAUUAAAUAAACAAUGUGGAUUUAAAAAAAUAUACAUCCAAGGGUCAGAGUUUCUUCCUAAACUAUGUAAGCUGAGAGAUAAUUUACACUCUACUAGCUGUUAUCCAGAACUACAGUGGGAAUUUUCUCUAGACAGCCCACUAGCCAAGAUCUUGAAGUGGUAAUAGUAUGAAAAUACCAGAAAAUUUUAAUGUGGCUUAAAAUGCGAUUGUGAUAAUAAUUUUUAAAAUUCCACACUCUGCCAAAUGGGGAUAAAUGUCACCUACAGUAGGUGGAAUCCUCAUAUUCCUCAAGAAGAAUUAAUGGCCAAUUUUUAUGAGUCCUGCAGUCAGUCAUGUUCAUUUGUAAUUUGCAAAUAGAUAAUUUGAUUUGUUUUUAUUUUUGCCACCUCAGUCAUAUAUCCCUAAUGGAGAAAGUUACUGGUUGUUCAAAGGUUAAAACAUUUUGAAAAAAUCAUUAGCAUUUAACAAUGCUUGCAUUUGAUUAGCUUCUCAUGUAUUAGACAGAAGGAAUCUUUAGCUGUCUUUGUUGUUGUUCAAGAACAUAAGCUACCAGUAGCUCUAAUCUAUCAUUUUUAAGUUUAAAUGACUGGAAUCUUCAUUAAAGAAGAAUAAGACAUUGCUAUCCCUCUUUGAAAAUAGCUUGGAUCAAACAACUGAUUAGAAAACCAAGAGCAAAUACAAACUAAUGUUUAGAUGAUUCCUGGUCACUGAAAUUUAAGGAUGGCAGCAGUAACAAUUUUGAACACUUGUAGCUACUUCCGCAUCCAUAACAUGAAAAGGAGCAUCCUGCGUGUGGUCUAAUAAUUCAAAUUAAAGAAAACAAUUGUUUUCCA